AUGGAGGAGAUGAUGGCCAUGAUCAACGGCCUGCGAGAGGAGAAUGCGCGUUCCAGGGAGAGAGAGGAGGCCAUUCAACGCGAAAACGAGGAGAUCAGGAGGCGAGCAUAUGAGAUGCAGGCCAGAAUAGCGGCCAGUACCAGGACGGUGGAAAAAGACGUCAUGAUGGAAGUCCCUAGGGAUUUUCGACCCUUCUCGGAAGCCAUAGAAGCCGAGAUCAUCCCCAGGGACCAUCGGAUACCCCAAGUGGAACCUUUCGAUGGAACCCAGGAUCCUAGUCAGCAUCUGACGGACUUCCGAGCUCAAAUGUUGAUCUGUGGAGGGAGCAUGGAAGUCCGCUGCAAACUGUUUAUGGGGACACUCAAAAAGGCGGCGCUUGAUUGGUUCAGUGGUCUCCCCGACCGAUCCAUCACCAACUUCGAUGUUUUCAGUCGGCUCUUCAUGGCCCAAUUUGCCGCUAAUAAGAAGAAGUCGCCGAUCACGUCAAACUUGUUCGAUCUCAAGCAACAAUGGGAGGAGUCGCUGAAAGAUUUUUUGCAAAGGUUCAAUGAGGUUGCCCUGAGGAUAGCAUCUUUGGAUGAGAGGAUGGCUGUCAUCGCGUUCCAGAAGGGCUUAAGGUCCAGGGCCUUCGACAUCGCGCUGGAGAGAGCGAAUUGUCAAACGAUGUCAGAGGUGAGGGCUUUCGCCCUGAGUCACAUCAAGACGGAGGAAAGACAAAUUAACAAAAAGGCUGCUGCAGAGAGCCGAGAGGAGGUAGGGGGAAGCAACAAGGAGAGCAGUAAACAUCUUCGACCGCGUUCAGACUGGAAUAAGCGACGUGAUCGGUAUAACGUGAAUGAGGGCAAUUACCGACAAGCUGAUCGUGGAGGUCGUCCUAGGGGAAAAUGGACACGCACCAAUGACGAGGAGAAUCUCACCCCACUCAACGUCCCUAGGAGGCAGAUACUCCAUGAUGUCAACACCGCAACAUUGUUCGAAUUCCCAGCGGCGACGGAGCGCCAAUUGGGUCCCUUCAAGACUGAUUGGUGUGAGUUUCACAGGACUCAGGGGCACUCUACGGAAAAUCGCUUCGUCCUUGGAAGACUAAUUGAACGCUUGAUCAAGGAGGGACGCCUGAAAAAGUUCGUGGCAAGAAAACAGGAAGAAGGCUCGUCAGAUAGGCGACACAGGCGUACACAGGACAACAAAAGGAGGGGACAAGCUCGUGAUUGUCUGCAAAAGUCUGACUGGGCGAGUAUAAAUAACUUGAAGACAUAA